AUGGUUUUUCAAUUUAGAUGAUGAGUAUUGGGACUUAGAUCUGCAUGUAUGGGGUUCUUCAAAACAUCUAACAUCAAAGAGUGGGUUUCAUAGUCUUUCAAAGCAAAUUUUAUUAGUGGGGGAAGGCGACUUUUCAUUUUCUUUAGCUUUGGCCAAUGCAUUUGGUUCUGCAGACAACAUGGCUGCCUCCUCUCUUGACAGUAGAGAGAAGAUCAUAAGUUCGUAUGAGUCUGGCCAAAAUAACCUUCAGAAUUUGGAAAAACUUGGAGCAAUGAUAUUGCAUGGCGUUGAUGCAACAACAAUGAAUAAGCUCGAGAUUAUCAAAGAAAGAAGGUUUGAUAGAAUUAUCUUCAAUUUCCCUCAUGCAGGUUUUUUUUGGAAUGAAAAGGAUAACAGAGUUAUCAAAAAACACCGCCAUUUGUUGAACAUGUUCUUCAAAAAUGGAAUGACCAUGCUUAACAAAAUGGGAGAAAUCCAUGUUACCCACAAAGAACAAGAUCCUUAUGACAAGUGGAAACUGGUGGAAGAAGCAGAAAAAUGUGGGCUGGUUUUAAAAGAAUCAGUGGAGUUUGACAAAGCAGAUUAUCCUGGCUAUACCAAUAGAAGAGGAGCUGGAUCUAGAAUUGGCGAGACUUUCUUCUUGGGAGAGUGUAGAACCUACAUGUUCAUUUUAAGCAGUAAUGACCAUAUACAUUCUGCUCAGCCCAAAAUGUCUUUGCAAGGUCAUCUACAGAUCCUUAAAGCAGCCAUUUUGGAGCUUGAAUCUGAAAGCCAAAAUAGAAAGGCAGCUGAAACUACAAAAGCGAAAUUGGAUUCUUCAUGUAAUGAAUUAAGGACAGUCGCAGAUAAAGCAUUAAAGGAAAGAGAUGAAUCUAGAGCUUUAAGAAAAAAGGCAAAAAUUACCAAACAGAAAGAAAAGAUUGCCAGAGAAUUAGGCGAGGCCUUGCGAUUGCAAGAGGAAUGCAAAGCAAAUUUGGAAUUUUCAUUUAAUGAGCUGAGGCCAGUUAUAGAUGAAACAUUGAAGAAUGUUUUAUUUGAUGAGCUGAUGAAAUUUACAGAUGAAACAUUUAAAGAAAGAGAUGAAUUUAAGAGGCAAAAAGAUGAAGCUUUGCUAGAAAAGGAAAAUAUUACCAAACAAUUAGCUGAAAUUUUGAGAUUGAAAGAAGAUGUGGUUAAGCAGAGAGAUGUAAGUAUUCGGAAGCUAGAGUUUGAAAGGAAAACCAGAAUUGAUGCUGAAUCUGCAAAUAAUGAGUUGAGGUCAGUUUUAGAAAAAACAUCAAAGGAAAGAGAUGGGUUUCGAAAUAAAAAAGAUGAAGUUUUGGGAGAACAGGAAAAUAUUGCCAAACAGUUAACUGAAGCUUUGAGAUUCAAAGAAGAUGUGGUUAAGGAAAAAGCUGAGGAAAAGAAGUUUUCUUUUCUUUUGUUAUUUUUGUGUAUUUUUAUAUAUUUUUAUUAUUAUCAUUGGAAAAUUAGUUGAAGUUUUGAAAUAGAAAUAAAUGUAUCAAACAAAGAUAUAUUAUUU